CCGACUGUGCUUUGCGGGAAAGAUUAGAUACCGAAAGAUACGGACAAACGCACAGCUAAUCCAGAGCAGCACUUGCAACUUUAAAAAGGCGGCAUACACCAAAAAUGAACACGUUUAUCUUAAAAAAAAUGUCCAUAUAACUACAGUCUGUGAGGCUCACGAGGACUUUUCCAUAGUUAUAUAAGAAUAGCCCAUAUUCGCGUGUUUUCCCCGAUAUCCCCACGCUCCAACGCACCAUAUGAUUCGGCAAGAGCCCCUUUUCAGACAUUUUCUGGUGUAGCUGCCCGAUGCUGCUGGUGAUUGUUAUGAAAAAUACGUCAUCAAACGGCGUCCCUUGAAGAAGUGACGUAGAGAAUGCGCCCGUCGUGAGUUCCCCACGUGAGAAAUCAACAUGGCGCAAGAGCAGGAGCCCGAGGUGCUUCUUGCCCAAAAAUUAGCAGCAAACGAGAGAACCGUUCGGACUAAAGCCUUUAAAAAACUGCGGAAAUAUGCGAGAUCGCGCUCACAAGUCCCCGGAGGUGGCUUCACUGAGGAGGAGCUGAUGAAGAUUUGGAAGGGACUUUUCUACUGUCUGUGGAUGCAGGACAAGCCGUUGCUGCAGGAGGAGUUAUCAGAGCAGAUUUCUGGCCUGCUGCUCAGUUUCCAGAACACCAACACACAGCUGUUGUAUAUCGAGACGUUUCUGCAGACUGUGAAGAGGGAAUGGAACGGCAUAGACAGACUUCGCAUGGACAAGUUCUUUCAGCUGGUGAGGUUUGUCUUCAGGCAGCUGUUUGAGAUGCUGAAGAGAAAUGAUUGGGAAGAGAGUCUGUGUGGGCGUGUGCUGCAGUUAGUCUCCGCCCAGUUGCUGGAUGGCUCCGCCCCUUCUGGACUUCUCCUGCACGUUCUGGAUCUCUACUUGACAGAGCUGGGUCUCGUUGGAGCAGAGCAGCUGACAGCAGACCAGAAUUUGUCCUUUAUUGAGCCAUUCUGCCGAACUGCAGCCGAAACCAAAGAUCGUGUGGUGCUCCAGGCUCUCUGCAGCAGUGUGUUUGGGCAGAUUGUGGAGCAGGCGCCGUUUGCGGUGGUCGACCUGCUCAAGGAGCUGAAGACGCAGCGAGGGGAGGAGCCAGACUCUGGGCAGGCCUCUGAGGGGGAGGAGUCACAGAGCUCCGCCCCCAGCAACAGCAAACUCCCCAAGAAGGGCAAGAAAAGCUCUGGCCACAAAGCCUCAAAGGAGGAACAGCUUAAUGGUGAUGAAGAUGAAGAAGAUGAGUUGCUGGAUGAUGACAUCGACCUGGCUGAUGAUGAAGACGUUGGACCGGUGUUGCAGUUCAACUACGGCGCUGUGGCCGACACGCUGUUCCAGUUGGCCAGCAAAAGCAGCACGGCCGCCCACAACAGAACCCGCCUCUACAAGCUGGUCAAAACAUUCCGUGAUCUGAGUGAAGGGGUGUUCCCGCAGGAUGAGGGCCCAGAGGUGGUGUCUACUGAUGAGGAUGACGAGGAGUUCCUCUCCAGGAGGAAGAGGAAGAAGAAGAAGAAGCCGAGUCGAGGGGACCAGGAGGAGGACACACCCCCAAAGCGCAAGAAAGGGGAGGAUGGAGAGAUGGAGGAUGGAGACAUGGAGGAUGGAGAGGCAGAGAUUGAGGAAAGUGGCCGGAAGAAAAAACACAGGAAGAAGAAGAAGAAGAAGAUCGACACACAGGAAGCAGCUACCAUUGAGGACACGCCCACACAGGAAGCAGCUACCAUUGAGGACACGCCCACACAGGAAGCAGCUCCCAUGGAGGACACGCCCACACAGGAAGCAGCUCCCACGGAGGACACGCCCACACAGGAAGCAGCUACCAUUGAGGACACGCCCACACAGGAAACAGCUACCAUUGAGGACUCGCCCACACAGGAAAUCAGUCUUGCUGAGGACACGCCCACACAGGAAGCAGCUCCCAUGGAGGACACGCCCACACAGGAAGCAGCUCCCAUGGAGGACACACCCACACAGGAAGCAGCUACCAUUGAGGAGUCACCCACACAGGUAACCACUCUUACUGAGGACACACCCACACAGGAAGCAGCUGCCAUUGAGGACACACCCACACAGGGAGCAGCUACCAUGGAGGACACGCCCACACAGGAAGUAGCUCCCAUGGAGGACAAGCCUUUACAGGAAGCAGUUGCAACUGAGGACACACCCACACAGGAAACAGAUCCUGUUGACACGCCCACACCAGAAGCAGCUGCCAUUGAGGACACACCCACUCAGGAAGCAGAUCCUGCUCAGGACACGCUCACUCAGGAAGCAGCUGCCACUGUGGAUUCGACUGCAGAGAAAACGGCACCUAUUAUAGACACGCCCCUUGCAGAAGAUGAGCCUAUUGCGGUGGACGCUGCCUGCGUGAUGUCAGACGGUUUACCAGUAUCUCUGCAGCAGGAGGACACCUCUGAAUCCAGCCAAUCACUAACUGAGGUUACCACAAGCUGCCAUCCAGAAGCAGGGAUUGCAGGGGAAGUGCAGACAGCAGAGGGCCAAUCCCGGAAGAGGAAGAAGAGAAGCAGGAAGGAGGAAGAGGAAACGCAUCAUCACCCGCAGCCCAGUCUAGAAGCAGCGGACACACACAAUCCUGAGUCUUCUGAGGUCACAGACACACCUACACCUGUGUCGGACGCACACACACCUGAGACGUCUGACGCACACACACCUGAAGAGGCUGUAGAAUGUGAGUUGAUUUCAGAGACGCCGCUGAAGAAGAAAAAGAAGAAUAAGAAAACAGCCAAAGUUUCAGAAGAGAGCAGCGACACACACACACUUGAGACGUCGGACACACACACACUUGAGACGUCAGACACACACACACUCGACACAACAGACUCACACACACCUGAAGAGGUGGUUGCAGAUAAUGUGAUUACAGAGACACCAGACACACUCACACCUGAGACACCAGACACACUCACAUCAGAGACAACAGACACACACACACCUGAGACACCAGGUGCAGAUAAUGUGAUUACAGAGACACCAGACACACUCACACCUGAGACAACAGACACACACACACAUGAGACACCAGACACACACACACCUGAGACACCAGGUGCAGAUGAUGUGGUUACAGAGACGCCGCUGAAGAAGAAGAAGAAGAAGAAAGCGAAGAGCGUUACAGAAGAGAGCAGCGACACACACACACCUGAGACACCAGACACACACACACCUGAGACAACAGACACACACACACCUGAGACACCAGGUGCAGAUGAGGUGAUUACAGAGACACCAGACACACACACACCUGAGACACCAGGUGCAGAUGAUGUGGUUACAGAGACACCACUGAAGAAGAAGAAGAAGAAGAAAGCGGUGAACAUUCCAGAGGAGAGCAACGACACACACACACCUGAGACACCAGACACACACACACCUGAGACACCAGACACACACACAUCUGAGACCACGGAUGAGGUGAUGACAAAGACACCACUAAAGAAGAAGAAGAAGAAGAAGAAUGCCGUGGACGUUCCAGAAGAGAGCAGCGACACACACACACUCGACACAACUGACUCACACACACCUGAGAUGUUGGACACACACACACCUGAAGAGGCGGUCGCAGAUGAGGUGAUUACAGAAACACCGCUGAAGAAGAAGAAGAAGAAGAAGAAAACAGCCAACGUUCCAGAAGAGAGCAGCAACACACACACACCUGAGACGUCUGACACACACACACCUGAAGAGGCGGUAAAAGGUGAGUUGAUCUCAGAGACACCACUGAAGAAGAAGAAGAAGAAGAAUAAGAAAGCCGUGGACGUUUCGGAAGAGAGCAGCGACACACACACACUCGACACAACAGACACACACACACCUGAGACAACAGACACACACACACUGGACACAACAGACACACACACACCUGAGACAACAGACUCACACACACCUGAGACAACAGACACACACACACCUGAAGAGGCGGUAGCAGAUGAGGUGGUUACAGAGACGCCACUUAAGACGAAGAAGAAGAAUAAGAAAGCCGUGGAUGUUUCAGUGGAGAGCAGCGACACACACGCACUCGACACAACAGACACACACACACCUGAGGUAGUAGAUGAGGUGAUCGGAGAAACGCCUUUGAAGAAGAGGAGGAAGAGAAAAUUGGUAAAUGUUCCAGAAGAGAGUAGCGACACACACACACUCGACACAACUGACACACACACACCUGAAAAGGCGGUAGCAGAUGAAGCCAUUACAGAGACGCCAGUUACGACGAACAAGACAAAGAACAAGAAAGCGCUAAAUGCUCCAGAAGAGACCAGUGACACACUCAUACUCGACACGUUGAACACACACACACCUGAAGCGACAGGUGCAGAUGAGGUGAUGACAAAGACACCACUAAAGAAGAAGAAGAAGAAGAAUGCCGUGGACGUUCCAGAAGAGAGCAGUGAUGCGCACACACUCGACACAACAGACUCACACACACCUGAGAUGUUGGACACACACACACCUGAAGAGGCGGUCGCAGAUGAGGUGGUUACAGAGACGCCGCUGAAGAAGAAAAAGAAUAAUAAGAAAACAGCCAACGUUCCAGAAGAGAGCAGCAACACACACACACCUGAGACGUCUGACACACACACACCUGAAGAGGCGGUAGAAGGUGAGUUGAUCUCAGAGACACCACUGAAGAAGAAGAAGAAGAAGAAAGCGGUGAACAUUCCAGAAGAGAGCAACGACACACUCACAUCUGAGACACCAGACACACACACACACGAGACACCAGACACACUCACAUCUGAGACACCAGACACACACACACCUGAGACACCAGGUGCAGAUGAGGUGAUCGGAGAGACGCCACGGAAGAGGAGGAAGAGGAAAGCGGUGAAUGUUCCAGAAGAGAGCAUCGACUCACACACACCUGAGACAACAGACUCACACACACCUGAAGAGGCUGCAGCAGGUGAGGUGGAUACAGAGACGCCACUUAAGAAGAAGACGAAGAAGAAGAAAGUGUUGAGCGUUUCAGAAGGGAGCAACGACACACACACACCUGAGACACCAGACACACACACACCUGAAGAGGCUGUAGCUGAUGAGGUGGUUACAGAGACGCCACUUAAGAAGAAGACGAAAAAGAAGAAGGCAGCGAUAGAAGAGAGCAACAACACACACACACCUGAAGGGACUGCAGCAGGUGAGGUGGAUACAGAGACGCCACUUAAGAAGAAGACUAAAAAGAAGAAAGUGCUGAAUGUUUCAGAAGAGCACAGCGACGCACCUGAGGUGUUGGAUACACGCACACCUGAAGAGACGGUUGCUGACUGCAAGAAGAAGAAGAACAAGAAGAAAUUGAUGGAAGGAGAGAUGAAGGUGAAGACAGGAGGGCAUCAGAAGAAGAAGCAGCUGAAGAAGGCAGGUUCCGACUUCAUGUCCUUUCAGAGCUCAUCUCCCCCCAAACCUCUUUUCUGCAAAAGAAAGCAGGGUCUUCACACUCCACAGUCAAAGGCAAAAAAAGUGACGUUCGGACUAAAAAAUAACAAGACUGCAGAGUUCAGGAAGUCGGACCGCAGCUCCCUCUUGAGUCCAGGGGGCGUGUCCCGUGUGCCCUUUGACCCCCAGCAGCAGCCGCGCUGCUCCGCCCUCAAAUCCCCAGAAGCCACGCCCUCAAAGAAGGCCACGCCCUCAAAGAAGGCCACGCCCUCAAAGAAAGCCACACCCCUGAAGCGAGCAACUGCUGCAGACUUCUUCUGAUGAGAGAGCAGCUUGUGGGGUGGGGGG